AUGGGAACAGUCGACCGCAUGAGUGUGCUCAUGGGCGAACCCGCCACCAGUGGCAUGCUGGAGUCUCCAAUCAGAUACCAGCAAUGUGCUGCUAUCAACAAGUUCCCACAGGGAGAAAUUGCCAUCGAAAGACAGAAGGUAGCCUUGCUACAACAGCAAGGCUCUCAUCAGUCGAUGGGCUGGCCGACGCACACGUGUCGACCCGAAACCUCGAAGAUUGAUAUCUCAAGGUACAAGGGAACCGAUGAAGAUUCCGUUUUGAGAUGGUUCGUCGAGUUAGACGACGCCAUUGGGGCCCGUCACAUCGAGGGUGACGAGAUGCAAGUCACUUUCGCCCUACCAAAUUUGACAGGACGAGCAAAGACUUGGGCCUUGGGGCUCAAGCUUCACGAUCCAAACGUGUUUGAGUCGUUAGAGAUCUUGAAGUCUCGGCUCAAAGAGACGUUUGAGCCGCCGAGAGCCGAGUUCAGAGCACGAUCUACACUUUUGAGGCUCAAGCAAGGUAAGCGUGAAGUGCACAAUUACGCAUAA